CGAUUUUCCGACAGUACCCUAACGCAGCACAACAACCAACAGCAGUAACUGUUACGGCUUGACACUUUAGCUUUAGCAUACAGACAAGAAACAGCGGCGGUGUCAUUCACUGAAAUUCCAUUUCACAAUGUCAGCCCCCGGUCCAGAAAGUUCUGGUGCAGCGUCAGGCAACAGGCGCCUGCAGCAGACCCAGGCCCAGGUGGAUGAGGUGGUGGAUAUUAUGCGUGUGAAUGUAGACAAAGUGCUGGAGCGUGACCAGAAGCUGUCUGAACUGGACGACCGAGCAGAUGCACUGCAGGCUGGAGCCUCCCAGUUUGAGACCAGUGCUGCUAAGCUGAAGAGGAAGUACUGGUGGAAGAACUGCAAGAUGUGGGCCAUCCUGAUAGCUGUCAUAGUGAUCAUCCUCAUCAUCAUUAUUAUUUGGACUAACUCUAAGUAAACCAGCAGCAAGAGGAGGAGGAGGAGUGGAGGACAAGAUGAAGAAGAGGAGAGGAGCAAUGUGCACAUUUAAUGUCUCAGAGGAAGACAUCACAAGAUUACCGGCUACCAAGCUCCGCAACAUUUUUCCUUUCUUGCAAGGGGUCUUCAUUCCUUGUCCUGGUUUGCCCUGUAUGUGUGUGUGUGUGUGUGUGUGUGUGUGUGUGUGUGUGUCUGUCUUUUGUUCUCUCCACAUGUGCCUGAGUAAAGGAUUGUGAUAAUACCAGAGCUUUACCCUGUGUUACUACACCAUACUAGACUUGUAUUUGAGUGCCAUAGCUUUGCCAAACAAAAGAAAAACACACAUACAGAUAAGAAGUUGAUAAUAUAACAUAAUUAAAUUCAAAUUCAACUAAAACCUAUUAAAACAAAGUUAAAUUAAUCAUCUCUGAUUCUAUGACACAACGCGCACACACACACACACACACACACACACACACACACACACACACACACACACACACACUAUAUACUCCAGCCUCAGGACUAGAAGUGAAGAAUGUUGCUGUAAACUCUCCUCAACGUAUAUUUACUUUUUUAUGUUUUAUUAAUAGCCAUUGAUUUUGUGUACCAGGCUAAGAGAAGUGCCUUCAAAGAUAUGUUAUUCGGUUGGUUUAGAUCAUAGUUUCUCCAAGUGUGGCCCAUGGCCCAAGUGUGACCCUAGCCAGUGGUGAUCAGUAAAUAUUUUACACAGCGCCCAAACAGGCAGCUGUCUCAGUAGCUUACAUUUAAUACCCUACUCUGCUACCACCCCCUUAACAUGCUUCUGUCAUGUUAUGAAUGACAGGAUGUAGAGAACUACAUAUUAAACAGCUAGUGGCGCCUCGUGAGUGUUGCAGGAAUUACAUUGUCACCAGUGUUGUCAGCGAUUUCAGUUGACAUCCCUGUGAGAUGCAAGAAUUAGAACUGACAUAAAACGUGUUGUUGAAGAGAAAAGGGGGUUUCAGGAAAAAUGGAUCAACUCUUGCUUUGUCCAGCCUUAGAGGAUAAAGUGUUUGGCCUUAUUUGCAAACAGUUGAAUUUGGUGCUCAAGGAAUUUAAUGUUAAAUGCCAAAUAUGAGACCAAUCACAAAUCAUAAGUGCAUGGGUCCUCUGGUGCCGCCCUCAAUCAUAGGCUGGCUGCCUAAAUUUACUUUCAGCCAUCACAACUUUGAGAACCUUUGAUUUAGAUUAUAACAAUAACGUGAUGAUAACCCUGCAUAUCACUGAAGUGAACCCCAUGUUCCAACACACAUCUGUACUUUCCAGAGUGAGACUUUUUUUUUUUCCACCUUGCCUCUUUUAUUUAUGCAUAUGGUUGAUUGAUAAAUAAGUUCUCUGUGUAAGACAUUUCAUUUUGGAUUAAAUAAAACAGGAAUUUCAUUGGUCAACCGAAAUCUAUCCACUAACACAACGUUGAAGCACCUGAUCUUAUCUGUUUUUGUCCAUCUUCCUCUUAGGUAGUACUUAAUUACAAGAUAAACUAGUAUGAGUUUGUGUUGAGAUAAGUGCCUGUAUGCCAAGACCAACUGCCUCACAGCUGGGUAAGGCUAAAGAAGCUGCCGCAAAGUUUUAAAAGUGCUACACUGGUUAAAAAGUGGUGAAUUUUCUCAAUCUCGUCUCAAGGAUGUGCCAGAAAAUUUGCCUUUUCUGAAGUACAACAAAGUUAGAAAAUAGUUGUUGUAGACAAAUGCCUUAAUAGGUUUCUCCAAUGGAGAACAACCAAAAUACAGCCACGCCUCAUCGAUCUCAUAUUACCAGCCAGUAAAGAAUUUGUGGCCUUGGGAAUACUCCAACUGUCCAAAUAAAUACCGUGCUGCCUGCUUAUUCAGCUCAGCUUAUUAACCUUUAUUGAAGUUUUCUGUUUAGUCACACUGGCAUAUAUCUCAUCUGAUUGAUGCAAAGUACUUCUCAAGUGUGUGAUAUUUAUUUUUUUUUUUCCUUUUAACAAUAGCUUUUUUUGCAAUCUAUUAUGUAGAACUAAUCUUAAGGAAACUGUAAACUGUUGUUUCUCUGUGUGCUCCCUGCUGCUGAGCAUCACGCGUGUUUUAAGUGUCAAAAAAAUACUUGGUCGGGCAGAGACAGUGUGAUUAUAUACCAUACCAACACUGGAUGAUUGUAUUCCUGACUGUUGCUUUUUUCCUAUUAAAAUAAAUGUAUUUUAAUGAGA